AUGGCUCAGACUCUAUAUUUCAGUCUUCUUUUCAUCGCUCUCAGUUCAUUAUCUGAAUGCUCUCAGCGCCGCUAUCACUAUAUAAACAUGAAGAAGACCUGGAUUGAAGCUCAGAGAUACUGCAGAGAGAACUACACAGAUCUGGCCACAGUCAACAACAUCAAUGACAUGAACGAGCUGAAGAACACUGUGAAGAACAAUCAGAACUUCUGGAUUGGACUGAAGAAUACAAGUGUUUAUAAAUGGAAGUGGUCUCUGGGUGAUUCUGUGAACUAUGUGAACUGGGAAUCUGGACCAACAAAUGACCGACAUGAUUGUGCUGUUAUGAGAAAUGAAACAUGGCGUCAGGAGAACUGUAAUAAGAACAUGAGAUUCAUCUGCUACAAUGAGAAGCUGAUAUUGAUCCAGAAGAAUCUGAGCUGGACUGAAGCUGUGAGAUACUGCAGAGAGAAUCAUGUGGAUCUGGUGUCAGUUGAUUCAGAGAAGAUUCAGCUCUGGGCAGCAGAAGUGGCUCUUGAGGCCUCAACUGAUAGCGUGUGGCUGGGGUUACGUCACUCCUGCUCUGUGGGCAUCUGGUUCUAGGUGAAUGGAGACAUUGUGUGUUAUCAGAAUUGCGAAAUUUUGUGA